AUGAAGUUCUCUGCCAUCGUCCUCGCUGCUUCUGCCGGCCUUGCUUCUGCCGCCUCCUCUGUCACCUUGACCCGUACCAUCACCAACAAUGGUAUGACGUACACCAAGACUGCUACGGAAGAGUACACCGGCCAGACCACCACCGAGCCCGCCUCCGGCACCUACACCUUCACCAUCCCAAAGGGCUCCAGAACCAAGCUUUUGACCAACACCUACGGUCAGGCUACCACCGUCUCCACCCACCAGGUCAUCUCCGGUCCUGACGAGACCUACACCAGACCUUUGGUCCAGGCCAUGCACACCACCGAGGUUUCUUCCUUCUUGUCAUCCCACUCGUCGCACUUGUCUGCUGCUUCCAAGGCUGCUGAGAACGCUUCCGACGGCGGUUCUUCUUCCUCCUCGUCUGGUUCUGACUCCUCCUCAUCUGGAUCUGACUCCUCCUCCACUGGCGCUGCUGCUGCUUUGCACUACGGUGCUGGUGUUGGUGCCGUUGGUAUUGCUGCUGCUUUGAUCUUGUAG